AUGGGACAGAAAUAUUCUAGUACCGAAACUUUACCACUUCCCAAAAACCCAAAUACACUUAUUAAGGAAAUCUUUACAGUUUCUGAAUUAAUAACAUUUCAAAAACGUAUCAAUCGAAGUUUGGAUGAUAUUAUAUCCGAUAAAGAAAUCAUAAAAUUUUCAUAUAUUCCUGAUUCUAAGCCACAUCUUCAGCACUUGUAUCUUCGAUUUAUUAGAAAUUUAAAUAAAUAUCCUUCCAAUGAUAAUAUUAUAACGGGAUAUAGUUAUUUAAAAAUCAUUACGUUGCUUAAUAAAAAACGUCGAAAUAAAAUGUUUCCUAAAAUAGAAUGGAUCAAGAUUAUAUUUAUGUGUUUAAGUGAUGAAGAAGUACAAUUCCCAUGUUGGGAAACUACUCAUGACAUACAUGUCUUGGAAAAUGAUUUAAUUGAAUUUAUUAGCCUUCUCCUCACGCUUAACAUGAAUUGUUGUACUGAUUAUUGCUUAAUCAAUCAAGACUUGACUUUUAAUGAUCAUGAUUGGGAUACUUAUUGGCGUAAGAGCGCGUCAUGCAUUGUUAGAGAUAUGAAAGAAUGUAAUGUAGAGGAAUUUGAAAAUGUUUUACUAAUCGUACCGAAUAUAUUUGAUUGUUUGAAAAAUUUAAUUGAACAUUCUUUGUACACAAAAGAUCAAUUGAAAGAAUGCCCUUUGGGUCCUAGUCAGUUUACCAAAACGAAAAUGAACCAGGCCAUACUGUGCCAAAUCUUAUUAAGUAUGCGUAAACGUAGUAUGGAUAUAUCCAAGCUUUAUAUUGGCCGAGAAAAUGGUUAUUCUAUGAGAUCUUUCCAAUCCAAAGUAUUCAAAUGGAAGGCUCCUACUAUUUUAUUAAUUACUGGUAAAAAAAUCAUUAAUGACCAAGAAUAUUCAGAAAAAAAUAAUAGGUAUAAAUCUUUUCUUAAUUCCUAUCCUCGAUUAAAAGAUGGUAAAACAACCUUCCAAACACCGUUACAUUACACCUUUGCCAUCUAUAUUGAAGAACCUUGGAAAAUGACCAAGGGAUAUUUCGGCGGUCUUCAUACCAAAAUCAUUCAAUUAUCACCAAGACAAGAUGUAUUUACGUGUACUGACCCAAACGCCGUAUAUUUCCACACACAAAACGGGAUAGGGAUUGGUAACGAACACAUGAGUUCUGAUAACAAAUAUAAACCAGGUAACGUCUCAAUUACAAUAGAUAGCACCCUAGAAUUUGCUGUAUUUCGUCAUUCGGGACCAGGUGUCUUCAAGACAGGCAUAAUCGCUAACCAAGAAAUAUUUGAAAUAAGAUUACAUAUACAAAGUGUAGAAGUAUGGGGGUGUGGUGGUGCCAAAGAACUUGCAGAACAGAAACAUGAAUGGGAAUGGGAAGAAAGAGAAGCUCAAAGAAGACAGCACGUGAGUAUGCACGUGACCGAAGAUCGAGCAUUACUGGAAUUGGCUGGGAUUAUAGGUGAACGACCUGUUUAA